AGUUAACCUUUGACGGUUAUACUUGGUCGUCGAUCGGGAUGUGUAGUUAGAAUCGAGUCAAGUUUUUGGCGCUGUUGCCGGGGACCUUAUGGUUUGUUAUCCAGAAAAAGUCGCUUAGUGUUACUCUAGCGUUUUCUAUCUCGCCUUUAUGUUUUGUGUUUCAUUUGUGUUUUUCGUUUUCCACUCUUCGUCUUGAAGGGUGGUUUGUGUGCGUUUGAUUUUCCUUUUAGUGUUUUUGUGUUUGUAGGUAUUGGAUCAUGGAUCCUUAUGAUUUCACCCAAGUGUGGGGGUAUCCACCACAACCCGAGGGUGGUUACCAUGGAACUUCAUGGGACAAUCAAAGUGGGGGAAGUCAAGGGUCUGGGUUCUACUACCAACCUCCCUUCCAAGAAGAGCAACCAUGCUCAUGGGGACACCAAGAAGCUUCCCCAUAUGAAGAAGGUUUCCCUCCACAACUCGAGGUGAAAUCCAAGUUGGAGUUGGCAUGGAGGAGUUCAUGGGACAAACCUCAAGACCAUGUCCCACUCCACAGUUGGAGCCAAAGAGCGAAUUAGAGCUCAUGGUGGAGCGAUUUGCUUGGGGCACUAAUGAAGGGUGAUCUAGCAUGAAUCUCCGAAGUGCCAACCCUUUCGACUCAACCUUUAUUCGGGAAUCGGAGAGCUCCUUUGACGUACGGAGAGGCUAGGAGGGCUUGUCGAGCAAACAUGUGCACAACUUGCUCACAAUCGCCUCCUACCAUUGGAGGAAAGAAAGGAAGUCGAAGAGGCGAGCCAUGAAAAUUUUGGAAGAAUGAGCUCCAACAUGGAUUACCAUCCCCUCUUCUCGGUUUGACACUAGAAGAGAAGGUGGCAAGAGUUGGUGCAUGCCAUCGCCUCUCACAAUUGGAAGAAGAAGUGGAGAUUGAAGGGGAGGUCAAUGAUGACUACGUGGAACAAGUACUCAUCCAGGACAAAGUCCCGUGGUGAGGAUGAUCAAGAGUGUCUCAUUGGCGACUCUCAUCACUUUCCCCUUCACGAGACCAACCUUGAAGACCCAUUCACGAGGGAAGAGGAGCAAGAGAAUGCAUGGAAAAUUUCCCUCCAAACCGUGCUUGAAGCCAUGAAUGGGAAGUUUAGAGAAGAGCGAGAAGAAGAGAGAAUGAAGUUUGUGGAAAAGGAAGUGAAAUUUGAAGAAAGGGAAGAUCUUGAUUGUUCCCAAGGGAAGGAACACAUUGAAGAAGAAGGAAGGGAGGUUGAAGAAGAAGAAGAUGCAAGUGAGGUCCAAGAUGUGAACGAGGUCGAGGUGGAUGAAUCAUCCACGAGUUACAAGAGCUACCAAUGCAGUCCACUUGACCUCGAUGUGCUUUUGGAGAAGGACCCGUUUGCGGCUCUUUGCCAAUCCAAGGCCAAACUAUCGGCGAUCCCUCUUGGUGGAUGCGAUGGAAGUAAAUCAAUGAAAUCCUACAUGGUAUGGGGAAAAUAGAAGGAAGAAGAAGGACAGAAGGAGAGGUCUCGUGGGUGGAGCCUCAAAGCCACUCAAGUUCACGAGCCCUCAAUCAUGGAUUCGUCCAAAGCUCAUGACUUGAGACACCACCUCACCAACGAGAACCUCAACUUCAAGGAGGUUUUUGGGUGGACCAAAACUUGAGGAGCAACCGUCCGGCUCACGACAUCAAAGAAGCGCUUGGUGAGAGGGAGCCCAACACCAACAUUCACCCCUAUCCGGUAACAUUGUUCUACCUCCUUAUUUUAUGCCACAAUGUCGAGAUAGUGUGUAUGUAUGUGUGGGGUGGGGGGGGGGGAUAGUCUAUUAUGCUUGUAUGUAUGAAUGAUUGGUGUGAUUUUGAAUGCUUGGAGCCUAGUUGUAUACCCAAAUUUUUAUAAUUUGAGGGCUCCAAGCAUAGCAACUUCUGCAUUUGCAUGAUCGUAGUGGCACCUUGUGGUCAUUUGUUAUGAAUCUCGUGGUUAUUAGCAUUGUAUAUGGAUGAUUUGCUUGUGAUUAUGUGCAACCUCUUAUGAUGAUUGAAACUUGUAUUAGGUUUGUGCAUUGGUUCAGUUCUCAUGUGUUUGUGAACCGAUAGAUGUUUUGAAUCGCUUACUUGCUUUUCACAGUUGGCUAUGCAUCGAGUUUAGGGAGUUAGAGCGAAUGAUUGAGCACCUAGGUGGCCAUGUGAGACUUGUGUCAUUCGUUUCAAUCUUGUGCGAUAGAUCCCCCCUUUACAUGAUGUGUAGCAUUCACGUUGUUGCUAGCGAGGAAGAUGGAGGCAUAGGAUUAGCCCACAACCCAAAAGUUGACCGACCCGAUCAUAUUAUCCCUUAGUCAACCCUUUUGAGUUGUGUGUCUAAGGGUCGUACUCGUGUUAGGUAGUUCACGAUAUUUGAGCUUGAUUGAUUUAGAUAGCGUGACCCUUCUUUCUUCGUGUCUACACCGUAUCAAGUCACCCUUGUAUUUGGAAACCUCAUUCAUACCAUUUGAGUUUAAAUGAGGUUCUACAUGAGUGAUUUGUAUAUGGUUUUGCUAAGAAUGUGAAGUGAGUAUGGAGGUAGUUCUUAAAAGUGAACAUUGUCCCUUAAGUUGAAAAAAUGUGGCAUGUGUAUAAAGCUCUCUAAUAGCCCUCAAAGAGAAGGGGGGGGGGGGGAAAGCAAUAAAAAGGGGGAAAAAAAUAAAAGAGAGUGGCCACCAAAAAUAUAAUAAUUGUAGGAUAUGCUC